AUGGUGGCGGUCACCCAGGUCUCGUCGAUCAACACCUUCUUCGAGCUCUCAGCGGGCUCCCUUCGUAUCUUCCAAAGGGCCGUGCAGUGCAUCGCCAAACUGGGCAGGGAUGCUGCGGUGAUCUUCCGCCCAGAGGAGCUGGUGAUCCAUGGUGCCGAUGAUGGCCACUCCGCCGCAUCGCAAUUCGCCUUUCGGCGCAGCUUCUUCCGAUGCACACCGAGUUCGGAGGCCUCUGGGAUCCGUAAGGAGAGGCGGGUGGUGGUGCAGGCACGUGGUCUAGCAGUGGCCUUGCGUGGCUCGCAGCAGCGGACGGCGGAGGGCCUUCUUAUCGGCCUGGUGGAGAAUCGCUUGGUCCUGGAGUUCAUGCCUCGCCACGGCGGGAAGGUUCGGCACAAAGUCCCUCUGCUCGACACGUCGCCCUUCCUGCCGGGUGAGCCUCCUGCCGGCCCCCACGCCGCUGCCUUGGCCCCCAGCCUCUUGGCGCGAGUCCUGGACCACUGCGUGCCUGGGCGCAGCAGCUGCGAGGAGGUCAUCGUUUGUGCAGCUCCUCCGCAAGGCCUUCGC